CAAAUUUCAAUUUCCCAGUGUUUUAUUCCGUAAUUUGUUACUCUAAAUAGAAUAUAAUGGUCUAAUUUGUUUGCUUUUUUAUGAUCCGUUUCUGUGGUUAUUCUCUGAGUAUUUUCCGGUUUAGGGUUUUAGAGUAUCGAUUAUUAGGGCACUUCAGUAAACUUAGGGCCAAAUUAGGAAAUAAUUGAUUGCCAAAUUAGGAAAUAAUUGAUUGCCAAAUUUGGAAAUUGGGGUUAGGUAAAUAAUUUGUGAAUGCGAUGAUAGUUUUGGGGGUUUCUAGGGUUUGAAAUUCUGCCCCCUUUUCUGAAGAUUAUGAUGAGAUUUUGAUCAUUGGCUGGGUUUUUCAAUUCUGGGUAGACUAGAAAAAGAAGAACCUUUGAUUGGAAUCAUCGGAAAGGGAUAGCAUUUGUUCUAGUUCAUGGUUGAAAGUUCGAAGUAAUUGGUGAAUACUUAGUUUUUUAAUCAUGGAUGACGGAGAAUUAGAAUUCUCAAACCAAGUUUUAAAUAUGAGUGAUUCAAUGGAUGAUGAUUUCUUUAAUGGUCUCCUCAGUGAUAAUGCGCAUGCGUGCACUCAUACUCAUACUUGCAACCCACCAGGACCAGAUUUAUCUCACACACAUACUUGUGUUCAUGUCCACACUAAAAUCCUCCCCCCUGAAGAUAAGACCACUACUGAAGGCACAGAUGAAUCUGUUGACAUGAAAUCUAAGAAACGCGCACCAGGUAACAGGGAAGCUGUUCGUAAGUACCGUGAGAAAAAGAAAGCUCGGGCAGCUUCGCUAGAGGAUGAAGUUGCCAGAUUGAGAAGUGUAAAUCAGCAAUUGAUAAGAAGGUUGCAGGGUCAAACUGCUCUUGAGCAAGAAGUAGCUAGGUUGAAAUGUUUGCUUGUAGACAUUAGAGGAAGGAUUGAAGGUGAAAUUGGAUCAUUUCCUUAUCAAAAACCCACAAAGGGUAUUGUUGGGGUUCCUCAGCACAUGCCCUCCUCUAACAUGGUUGGAGCUUAUGCUGUGAACCACUGUGAUAUUCAAUGUGAUGAUCAGGUUUACUGCUUGCAUCCUGGAUUGGAUACUUUGGGUGUUGAUGAAGCUGGUGGGUUCCACAAUGAAGUAUUUGGGCCUUGUGAUGCUGGUUACAUGCCGUGUCCUGAGAAUACCAGUUCAGGAUACAAGGAUCUUUUAGGGUGUGGACAAACAAAUGCCGGGUCAACCGCUAAUGGUAAUCCUUCUGCUGCUGCUAAGAAGCGAAAAGGAGGAGUUCGUGCACCAGCUACAGUUUGAAGCAAGUACCCUGUGAAGCUGACACAAGGAGGUGGAUGAGGAGCUGAGCGUACAUUUUGAUCUUCGAAUAAGUAGUUUCAAUAUAGAUGAAGGCUAGUUAGCAUUUCAUUUUGAUUUCCAAUUCUUUUUGUUUUCUAUUUGGGUUCAUUGGAGGGGUGUUGUUUCCAUCUUGGCUGUAUUUGUUGAUCCCCUCAGAAGCUUAUGUAGUAUUGACUUUUCCAGUUCAAUCUUAACAUAUCAUGUAAAGUUGCCAUGUGACUGAACACAAAAAUGCACUUGUAUGAGGAAAUCUUUAUUGCUGAUGGUUU